AUGAGUCAUAGACGCCUGUCCCAGGAUGAGGCCGCGGAACGAACCUCGGGAACGUUAAACCCGGGCACGCCAGGCCGGGGCACGCACCGGGCGAGACGAGUUUCCUUCUCCCGCCUGCCGCCCUGCGUGGAUCCUCUGGAGGCAGAUCAGGCUCCCGCGAUGCGUGUGCUGGGGGCGGUGCGCCCCGCGAGCCGGCGCGGGUCGCAUACCCGGAAACUGGGGUCCCCGCUGCAGCCCCGCCGACCAGAAGCCCCAGGAGAGGAGCCUGGCAGCUCGUCGGCUGUGGCCGUAGCCCUGCCUCGCGCUGGCGCUCAGGACUCCAGUCGAUGUUCAGACUCCUGCCAGCCGCCCUUUCUCCUCCUGGUACCUUCGGGACAGGCCUCUUCUGAAGAGCUGAAAGCUGCCUACCGCAGGCUGUGUAUGCUCUACCAUCCGGACAAGCACAGAGACCCGGAGCUCAAAUCGCAAGCAGAACGGCUGUUUAACCUCGUUCACCAGGCUUAUGAAGUGCUUAGUGACCCCCAAACCAGGGCCAUAUAUGAUAUAUAUGGGAAGCGAGGACUGGAAAUGGAAGGAUGGGAGGUCGUGGAAAGGAGAAGAACUCCAGCUGAGAUCAGAGAAGAGUUUGAGCGGCUGCAGAGAGAGCGGGAGGAAAGGAGGCUGCAGCAGCGCACCAACCCCAAGGGAACCAUCAGUGUUGGAGUAGAUGCCACUGACCUUUUUGAUCGCUAUGAUGAGGAGUACGAGGACGUUUCUGGAAGUGGCUUUCCGCAGAUUGAAAUCAACAAAAUGCACAUAUCCCAGUCCAUCGAGGCCCCCUUGACGGCCACGGACACAGCCAUCCUCUCUGGAAGCCUCUCCACACAGAAUGGCAAUGGAGGGGGCUCCGUCAACUUUGCACUGCGCCGAGUGACCUCCGCGAAGGGCUGGGGCGAGUUGGAAUUUGGAGCUGGCGACCUCCAGGGGCCCUUACUUGGUCUCAAGCUGUUCCGCAAUCUCACGCCCAGAUGCUUUGUGACGACAAACUGUGCCCUGCAGUUCUCAUCCCGUGGGAUCCGGCCUGGCCUGACCACCGUCCUGGCUCGGAACCUGGAUAAGAACACAGUGGGCUACCUGCAGUGGCGGUGGGGCAUCCAGUCUGCCAUGAACACGAGCAUCGUACGGGACACCAGGACCAGCCACUUCACCGCGGCCCUGCAGUUGGGGAUCCCCCACUCGUUCGCACUGAUCAGCUAUCAGCACAAGUUCCAGGACGACGACCAGACGCGAGUGAAAGGCUCCCUUAAGGCAGGCUUCUUCGGAACGGUGGUGGAGUACGGCGCCGAGCGCAAGAUCUCCCGGCACAGUGUCCUCGGUGCAGCUGUCAGCAUUGGAGUCCCGCAGGGAGUCUCCCUCAAGGUCAAGCUGAACAGGGCCAGCCAGACCUACUUCUUCCCCAUCCACCUGACGGACCAGCUGCUGCCCAGCGCCGUGUUCUACGCCACCGUGGGGCCCCUGGUGGUCUACUUCGCCAUGCACCGCCUCAUCAUCAAACCAUACCUCCGCGCACAGAAGGAGAAGGAAUUGGAAAAGCAGAGGGAAAACACUGCCAGUGACAUCUUGCAGAAGAAGCAGGAAGCAGAGGCUGCUGUUCGCCUGAUGCAGGAGUCUGUUCGGAGAAUCAUCGAGGCUGAGGAGUCCAGAAUGGGGCUCAUCAUUGUCAACGCCUGGUAUGGCAAGUUCGUCAAUGACAAGAGCAAGAAGAGGGAGAAGGUAAAGGUGAUCGAUGUGACCGUGCCCCUGCAGUGCCUGGUGAAGGACUCGAAGCUCAUCCUCACAGAGGCCUCCAAGGCGGGGCUGCCCGGCUUCUAUGAUCCGUGUGUGGGUGAGGAGAAAAGCCUGCGCGUGCUGUACCAGUUCCGGGGCGUACUGCACCAGGUGACAGUGCCAGACAGUGAGGCCCUGCGGAUACCAAAGCAGUCCCACAGGAUUGACACGGAUGGAUAAGCUGCUUGAGAUCCCGGUUUCAAAGAGGCAUCAAGAAACCCUUUCCUGGAAGUCCGCAAAUUUGAAAAUGGGACACCCCCCCCCCCAGAGAUCAGAUUUCUAUUUUAUUUUAUUCCUCUAGAAGGUGGUGCCACAUGAAUUAAGCGCAGGGACACGCACACACCGUAGCGCAGUGUUGCCGGGAGCACUGGGACAGGCGGGCACCCCGAUGGAGACCCUGGAGGGCGGGUCCCCAGCCGUGCCCAGCAGGUUGCCCGCCCAGAGCCCUUUGGGUCCUCCCAGUGCCGCCAGUCCACACGGAGUUUGGGGAGAGCAGCAAGGACGGGUUGCAGCCCAGGCCCCCGAGUGGGGCGUCUGCCAAGCGGAUCCCCACACCUCUGCUGAAACUCGCCUAGGGCGGGAGCGGACUGCGGGUCUAUAAAACUGCUUUUUAUCCGAGAACAUGGAAGUUGGAGGCCGUCUCUUUCUUCUUGCUCCAGGGCCUCUUGAAUCUCUCCUGGGCCCUGAGCUUGGACCAGAGCUGUCGCGCA